UUUCUCAGAAAUCAGAAAUUUUAUUGCCAAUAGCGAGAUGAAUCAAGCGUCGGCUUUAGCAGAUAAAAGGCCAGAAAUCCAGGAUAUUGACGGCAAUUCCCAGUGCCACGGGUUGGCGAACGAGAAGGCAGAAGAUGUGGACGAUGAGGACGAAGAACUGGAAGAGGAAGACGAUGACAGCCUGACCGGGAAGUCGCAGGACGAGACGGCGUCGCCCGCGGCGGAGCCCCGGGGAGCGUUCGAGGACGAGGAGGAUGAGGAGCCCACAUCUCUCACCAUGAGCUUUGAGCACAGCCGAAGGCUUAUGCAAUGAUGCUGUCCCUGUCUGAGAACGCUCCCCUCCACACGUCCUCCCAGAACUCUCUGGGGGCUUGGCUGGACAUGGCAGGAGCAGCUUCAGAGUCGGGGACCUUUAACCCCAUCAACCACCUCUGAGAGGUCCACAAGGCACUGGCCGGAGCCCAGGCAGGGGUGGUGGUGCUGCAGCCAUCCCAGCAAAAUCCCAGCGAGCAGAAGAUGGAUGAGAGAGCCUCAGGGAGUCGUCUGGACUUUGGGCUGAGAAGGAAACCUGUCACAUCCGACCUACACGUCCUGCAUUUUUUUAUCUCUCUAGAGUUCUCCUUUCUAAUUUAUCAGAAUGAACCUCUCCCAAACUGGAUAACCCUGAAGCAGCCCCAGGAUUUCACAGCCUGUAGGAAUAGCAUGAGCAAGACACGAAUUGCAACAGUGCAAUCAAAGAUUGGCCCCUCCAACCUUCCAAACCGGUGUCACUGAGCCAGCACAGCCUGAGCAGGAACGACAGCUUGGAACCACAGGGCAGCAUUUCCUUCCCAUCCAGCUGAAAUGGUGAAGCACCGAGGGAAGACAGCCAGGUGUGGCCUGUCCCCAGUGCAAUUGUGACACAGCCACUGGAGUUAUGCCAGGGAAAGGCAAAUUCAACCCACUUAACUCACCGCCCCCAAAAGAAUUCUGCACUC